AUGGAGUCCUCCCCCUCGGCCAUCCUCAAACUCCUCGUCCCAAAAGCGCCCUUCAUCCUCAAAACCGCACUAUGGAGCAUGUUCUCCCUCUCCGACACGUCCUCGAAAUGGGAUCUACGGACCGAACUCACAGUCAAGAUCCUGCGCGACAUGCUCAGCCCAACCUCGCCCACGCACUCCAUCUCCGCGACCCAGAAGCUCACCACGCGCGACCCCGGCGUCAAGGGGAAAGUCUGGGUCAGCCGCGUGAAGCUGGCGGCUGCCGAGGACGACGCGCGGCAGCUUGUCUUCGCGGCGAUCGAGGAGAUGGGCACGGGGGAGGAGCAGUGGACGAAGCCUGCCACCGCGCCGUUGGAGGGGGAGUGGAAUGGGUACCGGGCUUCUGCGCGCGACGAUGCAGGUGAGCCCGAGGGUAUGAGCGAGCAGACGAAGUACGACCACAUGGUGCAGGAGACGAGCAGCAAAGUCACGGUUCUGUACUUCCACGGCGGCGCAAUGUACCUCCUCGACCCGGCGACGUACCGCACCGGCUGCGCCAGACUCGCAAAGGAAACAGGCGGUCGUGUCUUCAGCACGCGCUACCGCCUCUCGCCGCAGAACCCCUUCCCCGCCGCCCUGCUCGACUGCUUCACCGCCUACCUCUCGCUCCUGCACCCGCCCCCCGACGCCCCACACGCCCCCAUCCCCGCGGCCGAAAUCGUCUUCGCCGGCGACUCCGCAGGCGGCAUGUGCUGCACGGCACUCCUCCAACUCCUCCUGCAUCUCCACCGGCGCAGCCCCGCCGGCGAAAUCCCAACAGUAACCUUCCACAACCGCACCGUCCCCAUCCCGCUCCCCGCCGGCCUGGCCCUCGCCUCCCCCUGGCUGGACGUAACCCGCAGCCUGCCCAGCAUCGAGAACCUCACGCAAUACGACUACCUCCCCCCGCCAUCCCGCGCGCAACACACCGUCUACCCGCCCUGCGACGCGUGGCCCGCCGUCCCCGAGCGCGCAGAUCUGUACUGUGAAGGCAGCGCGCUGUGCCAUCCUCUUGUUUCGCCGCUCGCGGCCUUGGACUGGACUGGCGCACCGCCUGUGUUUUUCAGCGUGGGGGAGGAGAUGCUGCGCGAUGAGGGGGCUGUGUUGGCGCAGCGGAUGGCGCGCCAGGGUGUGAGGGUUGUGUGGCGCGAGUUCGAGGCGAUGCCGCAUGUGUUUGCUAUGAUGCUUGAGCAUCUUGCGGGCAGCGCGGUGCAUCAUGAGGAGACGGGGAGGUUUUGUCGCGAUGUGGUCGCCGGAGGGAAGGGCGUGCAGAGUAGUGGGGAGGUUAUAGCGGCUAAGACGCUGGAGAGACGGAGCGUGGAUGUUGGGACGGGGUUGACGCGGAUUGGGGAUGAGGAGGCGGCGGCGUUUAUGCAGAAGGGGAGGGAGAGGAUUGAGGCGCGGAUGAGGAGGGGGGAGGGGAGUGCGAGUGCGGAGGGGAGGCCGUUGAUUUAG